AUGUUCCGAAAGCUGAGACUGACCGCUCUGUCCAGACUCACUGCUCUGUCCAGACUGACCGCUCUGUCCAGACUCACUGCUCUGUCCAGACUCACUGCUCUGUCCAGACUCACUGCUCUGUCCAGACUGACCGCUCUGUCCAGACUCACUGCUCUGUCCAGAGUGCGCAGCAGGUCCGUGAGAGACGAUGCAGCUCAGAUCAUCAAUGGGACCGAAGUCACUCCUCACUCCGUGAAGUUUAUGGCUUUUCUCCAAAGUAAACAUUCUUUCUGUGGAGGAACUCUGAUCGAUCCACAGUGGGUCCUGACGGCAGCUCACUGCGGCAACUCCAGUGCAGACUUUAAGAUCUCCACGGUGACACUGGGAGCUCACAACAUCAGACUGGAGGAGGCCACAGCACAGAUCCGACACGUGAAGCAGAUGAUCCCACAUCCGUGUUACGACGAAGAGGAAAAAGUCCACGACCUGAUGCUGCUCAAGCUGAAGAAGCCGGUGAAGCAGACGGAGUGGGUGGGGGUCCUGAGGGUGGGGCCCCCGGUGCAGGACCCGGCCCCUGGCAGCUCCUGUGUGGUCGCUGGAUGGGGGGCCCUGAAGUACGGGGCCAAGAGAGGCUCUGACGUCCUGAUGGCGGUGAACGUGACGGUGGUGGACAGAGACAAGUGCAACUCUAAAAACUACUACAACCUGCGUCCUGUCAUCACACACGGACACGUCUGUGCAGGCUCCGACGGGACCAGCCAGGCCGACUCCUGCCAGGGAGACUCUGGAGGCCCCCUGCUGUGCGGACAGCAGCUGGUGGGAGUCACCUCGAUCGGGAUCGGCUGUGGAGCCCAUCGACCAAACCUGGACUUUGAUACAACACCUCCCCCUUGGACUGCCACCUCCCCCUGGACUGCCACCUCCCCCUGGACUGCCACCUCCCCCUGGACUGCCACCUCCCCCUGGACUGCCACCUCCCCCUGGACUGCCACCUCCCCCUGUACUGCCACCUCCUCCUGGACUGCCACCUCCCCCCUGGACUGCCACCUCCCCCUGGACUGCCACCUCCUCCUGGACUGCCACCUCCUCCUGGACUGCCACCUCCUCCUGGACUGCCACCUCCUCCUGGACUGCCACCUCCCCCUGGACUGCCACCUCCUCCUGGACUGCCACCUCCUCCUGGACUGCCACCUCCCCCUGGACUGCCACCUCCUCCUGGACUGCCACCUCCUCCUGGACUGCCACCUCCCCCUGGACUGCCACCUCCUCCUGGACUGCCACCUCCUCCUGGACUGCCACCUCCCCCUGGACUGCCACCUCCUCCUGGACUGCCACCUCCUCCUGGACUGCCACCUCCCCCUGGACUGCCACCUCCCCCUGGACUGCCACCUCCCCCUGGACUGCCACCUCCCCCUGGACUGCCACCUCCUCCUGGACUGCCACCUCCUCCUGGACUGCCACCUCCCCCUGGACUGCCACCUCCCCCUGGACUGCCACCUCCCCCUGGACUGCCACCUCCCCCUGGACUGCCACCUCCUCCUGGACUGCCACCUCCUCCUGGACUGCCACCUCCCCCUGGACUGCCACCUCCCCCUGGACUGCCACCUCGCCCUGGACUGCCACCUCCCCCUGGACUGCCACCUCCCCCUGGACUGCCACCAUAACGUGCUGAAGAAGCCGGUGAAGCAGACGGAGUGGGUGGGGGUCCUGAGGGUGGGGCCCCCGGUGCAGGACCCGGCCCCCGGCAGCUCCUGUGUGGUCGCUGGAUGGGGGGCCCUGAAGUACGGGGCCAAGAGAGGCUCUGACGUCCUGAUGGCGGUGAACGUGACGGUGGUGAACAGAGACAAGUGCAACUCUAAAAACUACUACAACCUGCGUCCUGUCAUCACACACGGACACGUCUGUGCAGGCUCCGACGGGACCAGCCAGGCCGACUCCUGCCAGGGUGACUCUGGGGGACCACUGCUCUGCGACGGGAAACUGGUUGGAGUGACAUCGUUUGGGGGUAAAAAGUGUGGAGAAGUCAACAAACCCGGAGUGUACACGCUCCUCACUCACGACAGAGUCCAAUGGAUCAAAGACACCAUGAAUGGGGGAUAA